ACAAUUUGUGACAAGCAAUGACAAGUGCUGUUGAAACUUUUGCGUGACAUUUUCCGCUCCAAUUUUAUUUAAAUAAUUCAUAAUUCUUUUUUACAAUAAAAUUCUUGCAACAAUUUUUAUAAACAAUUAUAUAUUGUGCAUCGAAGUUAUACGAUGUAAUCAGUGUGAAAUAUUUCGAUAAAUAAUCGAAAGAGAAAGUAAUCCCUUUUUAUAUAAGUGCAAGGAUUAAAUUGAAAAUAUUCUUAAAAGGAGAAUCAUGGAGUCACAUGAAAUGAAUAAUGUAGCUAACAAUAUAGCUUUAAAUGCACAUGCAAUAUUAAAAUCAAGUAUUUUAACAACUAAUGAAGCUGAAAGAUUACAAAAUCUCCAAGAAGAAAAACACUCGAAAUUAACAAUUGGAGCAUUCUUCGAAUUUAUGAGAACUGCAUAUCAAGUUAAUGAUAGUUGUGAAGGUUUGGCUACGAUAUUAAGCGCCAACAGUGAAAUUGAUUGGCAAGAAUUAACAAAGAUUAAUUUAGAUCUAAUACGUGAAAAUAAUAAAGUAACUAAUGAUAAAUUUAAUCUCAAUAAUCAAGAACAACAAUACAAACAUAAUGAUUCUGUACAGGAGUUGUCAUUACAAACAACAAGUAGUAAAGAAACAAAUACAUGUAUAUCAAAUAGUACGAUAAGCUCGCAAUCUUCCGUAGUCUCCUGUAAUACUAUUUAUGAGGCAUGCAAUAAGGAUGACUUUACGCAAGAAUCUAACAGUGUAGAAAGUGUUCCUAAUAAAUGUUUAGAAACAGGAGAUAAUAUCAAAGAAAUAAAUCAGCUGUCAGAAAAUUGUCAAAUUUUCAAUGAGAAGAGGAGAGGUUCACAAUUUAAGGAACAAUUAGAAGAGAAUGAACAUAGUUUAGCAAAAGUCAUGAAGGAAAAUCUAAGAGAUAUUUUACAUGAAGGAUUAUUGGACUCUGUUUUGCCAUAUAUGCUACCGAAAUCCACUCUAUCACAACCAGUUAUUAAAAAAUCUACUGUUGUCACAGAUGUUAAAAAAAAUUCUUCAUUGGGUAAUGUGACUGAGAAUAAAGCAAUAGUUUCAACUCAUAAAGAACGCGAUAAAGAAAAAAAUAAGAUAAACAAGAAAUCAUUAGAGAACGAUGUGGAAAUUCAUGUAUGCGACGAAGAUAAAAAUAUAAAAAAAAAUUUUCGAUGUCCACAAAAACUUCUUAUACAAAAAAUGUGUUAUUUUGCUGAUGUCACAGCAGGGCAAAAACUUGAUGAGAUAGACAUAUCGGUACAUUGUGAUGUUGUUAUCUUUGACUGGCUGAUGAGAUGGGUGAAAAAAGAUAUCAUAAAAAAAUCUGAAUGGCCAGUUCUAGAGGCGAGUAAUGUCAUUCCAAUUAUGGUAUCCGCUUGUUUUCUGCAAAUGGAACCGCUUUUAGAAAAUUGUCUUCAAUAUUGCCAUGACAAUAUGUCAGAUAUUUUGAAGACGUCGACGAUCUUAUCGUGUCUAGACGAUAAUCUUCUUACAAGACUGGCUGAAUUAUUUACAAAUGAAGAUGUUGAAAUGUUAAAGGACAAAAAAGAUAAAAUUCAAAGUCGUUUGUUUUGUAAAUUAAUUAUGUCACUGGUAGAAACUAUUCCAGAUAAUAAAAAGGGUCAUUAUAGUUCAUUGGCUAUGCUGUUUAAAUGUGGGAAAUGCAACAAGAAUGUUAUACAAUCGAUUUCCGAUUUUGUGCCUUGCAUUCCAAGUGCAAUGAAAAUUGAUAACAAGGGAGCUGUUCAUAGUAAACAUGUGAGAGAUCUGACUUGGACAUUAAAUGAUUACAUCAUUACCUUACGAUCAGAGUUGCGCUCCUGGCGCAAAGUUUAUUGGAGAUUGUGGGGAGAUUGCCAUUUCUUGUUCUGCCAGCAGUGCAAUGUGUACUUUCCGAUACAUCAGAUUGACUGGUGCUGUUAUCAUCCAGAAUCUGCACAAUUUUUUGUAAACGAGCAACAGAGGCCUACACCUUUCCCUCUAGGAAGAUAUCCGUGCUGCAGUCAACGUGCCUACAGAUUCGAAGCUUUAUCCAGCCAAGGUGGAUGCAGGUACAAAGAACAUGUACCAGAUAUAAAGAGCGAGAAAGAAUUAAACGUUUUAAAUAUCUUGACAGCGAAUAGAGAAGUAAUAAUUAUCGAACCACCUCAACUUUUUUUCCCGGAGAAGAUUACACGACUGGUGACACGCGAUCCGUCUCUUCGUCCAGGCAAAUUAGUAUGCAAGGAUAUAAUGUGGUGGAAUGGCAUAGAACUCGUGCCACCGAGACCAAAACUUGGCCUGCUCGGAAAGAUUUGGGGAAAUUCGGGGCUCCGUCGAUUGCUUCAAGCGCAAGAUUCGCAAAAAUCUUUACAGAAACUUCGUCGACAGAUUUCCACAACUACAACCGAUAUUUCGUCUCCAGCCUCUUCGAUUACGGACGAGGACGAUGAAGACGACGGCGGGACUGCAUAUGAGGACAGCAGUAUAGAUGACGAAUCGUAUUACAGCGAAGAAUCUAAUACAUUGUGCGCAUUAAAACCAAUGAAUAAAGCGAAACAUAGUCAAAAGAACAACAGUAGAUGUUGGAGCGGUAAUUUAAAUAUAAGACAUAAUCAAGAUAAUCAAAGAGAUUUUGAAGAAAGAGCCGCGGCGCAAAUGAUAGUUCUUUUGACAAAAAGAACAGUUACAGAGAACUUGCUUUCGAAAUCUUACAACAAGCAACAUAAUUAUAAAAUUAAGCAACCUAUUGGUGGAACAUAUAUGAAACUAGAAACUGAAUUUCGUGAACAAUUAGUUCAAUCCUGUAAAUAUAAAAAUCAUCUAAUAGGGAAAACUCGUAUGAAAUCAAAUAAAUCUUGAUUUGUAUAUGUACAAGAUUAAAUUAAUCUGAAAC